UCCCUUGUCUACAAAGCAAACCAAACUGAACGCCUACCAAAUUCAUGCAAAAGUUCUGUCGCGCCUCUCGGAGUAGCGGCUGGCUGGUUGGGAUUAUGUCCUCCAUUUUCGUGUCACGUAGAAGACCAACGACAAUGCUUGACGACGAGCCAUGCAAAUUCGCGAGAAGCUCUCGUAUAAACAUUCUUCUCUCUUCUCUUUCUCUCUCCUGUCCCUCUCUGUUUUUAUUUGAUGCGCUCUAUCUUCAGGAGCCAUUUGAGGAAGUAGGAGAUCGGCCCUAAUUCUGUUCUCCGAUCUCCCCUCCUCCGGCUCCGGCCUUCCCAUUUCCAUUACCUAAUAAAACCAAAAAACACACACUCAUAUGUCCCAUUGUCGAAUCCGAUCCCCCCUGGGAAUCUAUAGUCUCCGGUUUUAAUCCAGGAUCGGAAAACUAAAGUAGGAUUUGGAGAAAUCGAUUCUGGAUUGAAGAUUUAUGGCUAUGAUUUCGCGGCAGGUCAUGCCGGCGUGCGAUCAGCUCUGCGUCUUUUGCCCGGCGAUGCGGCCGCGGUCGCGUCAUCCUCUGAAGCGUUACAAGAAGAUGCUCGCCGACAUCUUCCCUCGCUCUCCGGAUCAGCAACCAAACGAUCGAAUGAUCAACAAAUUAUGCGAAUAUGCCUCAAAAAAUCCGCUUCGUAUACCUAAGAUCACAACUUCUCUUGAGCAGAGGUGCUACAGAGAAUUAAGAAAUGAGAAUAUAUCAUCUGCAAAAGUUGUCAUGCAUAUCUACCGGAGGUUGCUUACAUCGUGCAAGCAGCAAAUGCCAUUGUUUGCCGGAAGUUUUUUGAGUAUUGUACACAUACUGCUGGACCAGGUAAGGCAUGAUGAAAUGCGGAUUGUGGGAUGUGAAGCUCUUUUUGACUUUGUGAAUAAUCAGGGUGACGCAACAUAUAUGUUUAACUUAGAAGGCUUAAUACCCAAAGUCUGCCAUGUUUCUCAAGAAAUGGGAGAUGAGGAAAGAGUACUGAAAUUACGCUGUGCCGCCCUUCAAGCCCUCUCUUCUUUGGUUUGGUUCAUGGGUGAAUUUGGUCAAAUGUCCGCAGAAUUUGAUAAUGUUGUUUCUGUUGUUUUAGAGAACUGUGAAGCCUCUGAGGAGAAACUUGACCAAAAUACACAAAAUAACCAGGAUGGUGGUGCCAAUCAAAACCAAGCUAUAUCAUCAUCAGAUGCAAUGAAAAGAGCUACUUCUUGGAGGAACAUUGUGACUGAUAGAGGACUGAACGUGGCUGUAGAAGAUUCUAUGAAGCCUCAAUUUUGGUCUAAGGUGUGCUUACAUAAUAUGGCAAAGUUAGCUAAGGAAGCAACAACUGUUCGACGUGUACUAGAGUCCUUAUUCCGUUACUUUGAUAACAGCAAUCUAUGGUCACCUCAAAACGGGGUUGCUAUCACUGUUCUGUUGGACAUGCAAUGCAUUAUGGAGAACUGUGGUCAUAACACACAUUAUUUGCUAUGUACAUUAAUCAAGCACUUGGAUCACAAGAAUGUGAUCAAGAAUCCAGAUAUGCAGAUAGAUAUCAUUGAAGUUGCCACAUCUCUUGCUCGGGUCACAAAGGUACAAUCAUCUGUGACAAUCGUGGGUGCUUUUAGUGACAUGAUGAGACACCUCCGGAAGAGUAUACACUGUUCCAUCAAUGACACAGACCUUGGGGAAGAAGUAAGAAACUGGAAUCGAAGAUACCGCGCCGCAGUUGACGAAUGCCUUGUCCAAUUAUCUUAUAAGGUUGGAGAUGCUUCCCCUAUUCUUGAUGUGGUCGCAGUGAUGUUGGAAAGCAUCUCAAGUAUACCAGUUAUAGCAAGAAACACAAUGACUACGGUAUAUCGCACCGCUCAGAUCGUAGCAGCCUUACCCAAUUCAGCAUAUCAAAAUAAGGCUUUCCCUGAGGCAUUGUUCCACCAAAUACUAUUGGCCAUGGUCUCUCCAGACAAUGAAACAAGGCUCGGCGCACAUCGUGUGUUUUCUGUUGUUCUUGUUCCAUCAUCAGUUUGUCCCCGUCCUUCCUCUGGGAGUUCACUCUCAAGAAGAAAUUCUAUUCAGAGAACACUGUCUAGAACUGUUUCAGUGUUUUCUUCUUCAGCUGCUUUAUUUGACAAAUUGGGCAGGCAGCAGAUCAGGUCACAAGAAAGUAUGGAUAGGAAUGGAAGUAUUAAUACCCAACAAUCCAUGCUGAAUCGGUUGACGUCAAGCUAUAGCAGAGCAUAUAGUGUUAAAGCUGGGUCCAGCGAUACGACUAACGUGGAAAAAAAACAUGAGGAGGGACUUUCUCUUAAGUUGAAGACCAGACAAAUUAGCAUGCUGCUUUCUUCCAUAUGGGUGCAGGCAAUUUCUCCUACAAAUACUCCUGAGCAUUAUGAAGCAAUUGCUCAUACUUACAGCUUGGUGAUGUUGUUUUCUCGAACUAAGAAAUCCAGCCAUGAGACUCUUAUUAGAAGUUUCCAGCUUGCAUUUUCACUAAGGAGCAUUUCCCUUCAAGGAGCAGGGAAACUGCCACCAUCACGGCGGAGAUCACUUUUUACAUUGUCAACAUCUAUGAUAAUUUUCUUGGGGAAAGCCUACAACUUUAUCCCUCUUGUUGUUUCCGCUAAGGCUGCAUUGACCGAGAAAACAAUUGAUCCUUUUCUUCGGUUGGUGGAGGAUUGCCAGCUCAAAUCUGUAACCACUAAUAUAGACUCUACAAUGAAUGUUUACGGAUCAGAGGAGGAUGAUGAUUCUGCUUUGAAGUUGCUUUCAGAAAUAGAGAUAUCAAAGAAACAAAUGACAGAAUCGUUUGCUUCAAUGAUAGUGGAAAGCUUGAAGAAGUCAUUAACUGAUAAGACUAAUCUCAUUAAAGAGCAGUUGCUUCAAGAUUUUCUUCCUGAUGAUGUUUGUCCUUUGGGAGCUCAAGCAAUCUCUGAAAUCCGACGCCACCCCAACCAAUUUGAGUCGAAUGACAAAACUCCUGAUGAGGCAUUAGAUGAAAGCUUUCAGAUUGAUGCACUUGAGAUUCAAACAGAUGCAAACACACAACCAUCUUCACAAACUCCUAACUUCCUGGAUGUCAAUCAGUUUCUAGAUUCGGUUCUAGAAACAUCAGAUAAUGUAGGAAGACAGACAUCCCCACCCUCACCUUCUGGGUUGACCUACAAAGAUGUGGCUAGCCAGUGUAAGGCCCUGCAAGUGGGAAAGGAAAAAGUGAUGCAUUUUGUGAGCUCAUCACCAAAGAGUAGUGAUGAUUUUGCAUCAUUCAAUGGACAAGAAGACUACACUAGCUUAAAUACUGAUCAUUUUUACACCCAUGCUGACAACAGUUUCCCAUCAGUCUGGCAGCCAAGUCGGAAUCCAUUUGUUGACAGCAUAUCUGCUGUUCCAAUGUCAUGUGCCACUGAAUAUCAAAGCCAUUCCAACUUCUUUGUACUGCCAGCUUCAAGCCCAUAUGACAAUUUUCUGAAAGCUGCCGGAAGUUAGUACAUUUGAGCAUCAGUCAUUGCUUGAUUGCUAGCAGUUUUCCCUUGUAAGCUGCCGGAAUAUGAUCCAUUUUUGUGAGUCCAUUAUUAUUUUAUUUCAUGUUUUUUUGCCACUGGGGAUAUCAAAUUAAAUAUGAUACUAGUCUUCACUCCUCUAGCAAUCUGAAAAGUGUCAUUUCAAGAGAUUUAUCUGCUGUUGUAUUUUUAUUCUCAAAGUGUAAAGCUGUUGUAAGGUUUAGACUGAUUUCCUGGUGUCUCCAAAACAAGAAUUUGGAAACCAAAGUUAGAAUAGAGCUAUGAAGAGAAUUUUGGUAAUUAGUUCAUGAAUGUCUCUGGCUAUUA